AUGGGCGGCGACGACAGACGACCGAGUCUCUCCAGCAUGGAGCAGACUAGUACCAAGGCCAAGUUGGGCGCAGUUUCGGGCGUCUACAUCCCCGUCUGUCUCAACAUCUUCAGCAUUCUCAUGUUUCUGCGUUUUGGCUGGAUUCUCGGACAGGUUGGGCUUUUGGGCAUGCUUGGACUACUCGUUACGGCUUACCUUGUAGACUUCUUGACAACGCUCUCUCUGUCUGCUAUAGCUUCAAAUGGCGAAGUCAAGGGCGGAGGCGCCUACUACGUAAUCUCGAGGUCUCUUGGCCCCGAGUUUGGCGGUUCCAUCGGGAUGCUCUUCUAUCUCGCCCAAGUUCUCAACACCGCUCUCAACGUUGUUGGCCUCAUUGACUGCAUAAAGCUGAACGUCGGGGAAUCCUUUCCCCAAGGUUACUGGACUGUCUAUAUGCUCCAGACCUUGGCUUUGCUUCUCUGUGCUGGAUUGUGCUUAGCCGGGAGCGGCAUAUUUGCCAAGGCUAGCAAUGCGCUGCUUGUCAUACUGAGUCUCGCCAUUAUAAGCAUUCCAAUAUCUUCCGCAUUGAAGUCUCCUUUUCGGGACGAUGGACUUGGUGUACGCUUCACCGGCUUUAGUAUCGAGACGUUGGUGGACAAUUUUGCCCCUCAUACAAAAAGCGAAUCUUUCAAGGGCUUUGAAACUUUUCGAGAGGUCUUUGCCAUCCUGUUUCCUGCCACGUCAGGAAUCUUCGCAGGGGCUUCAAUGUCUGGAGAUCUGGUUAAUCCCAGCAAAGACAUCCCGAAAGGGACUCUCUGGGCGAUGAUGACCACGUUCAUUGCGUACCUGGUUGUAGUCUUUUCCAUGGCUUCCACCACAACGCAUGCUUCGUUUCUCAACAACACAAACAUUAUCUCGGUAACGAGCUUGUCCCCGCCUUUGAUCCUUGCAGGAGAGUGUGCCGUCACCUUCUUCUCCGCCGUGAUGGGACUUAUUGGUGCUGCAAAGCUCAUGCAAGCCCUGGCGAGGGACAAACUGCUUCCUGGUCUGCUGCCAUUCUCGAAAGGGACGAAGAGGGCAGAUGAACCAAUUCAAGCCAUCAUCCUCACGUAUGUACUUGCCCAAAUCGCCAUGUUUGCCAAUCUGAACCAGAUUGCGACUUUGAUUUCCAUGGGCUACCAGCAGAUGACCUUCUUCGUCAUGAAUCUAGCAUGUUUCCUACUCAAGAUAGGAUCAGCUCCCAACUUUCGGCCAGCGUUCAAGUUCUUCAGUUGGGAGACAGCUUUCGCUGGCAGCAUCAUGUCUGCGGCAGCUAUGUUCUUCAUCGACCAGACUUACGCGGCUAUGGCGGUCUGCUUGCUCAUCUUCCUCUUUUCUCUGAUUCACUAUCUCAGUCCACCGAAGCGAUGGGGUGAUGUCUCCCAAAACCUCAUCUACCAUCAAGUGAGAAAGUACUUGCUGCGACUACGGCCCGAGCAUAUCAAGUUCUGGAGGCCCCAAAUCAUUCUACUCAUCAACAAUCCUAGGAGUCAAACUCGGCUGAUUCAAUUCUGCAACUCCGUCAAGAAAGGGGGUCUUUAUAUACUCGGCCACGUUAUUGUGACGGACGAUUUCAGCAGCGGCGUUCACGAAGCAAGGCUUCAACAGGCAGCAUGGACAAAGUACAUCUCAGAGUUCUCCCGCAUCAAGGCCUUUGUGCAGCUAACAAUGUCCCCGACCAUUACCUGGGGUAUCCGAAACUUGAUUUUGUCAGCUGGCUUGGGUGGCAUGCGGCCAAACAUUGCCGUCAUGGGAUUUUACAAUAUGGACGAGCUAAGAGAUUCCCGUCCUUCUUUCCAAGUUCCGAAAGCUCCAAGCUCGUCGAGCUCGAACGCUCGUCCUCAGGCCAAAGCCAAAGAGAGACCACCACGCAGAAGACGGGGCGACACAUCAGCGCGUCUGAUGGAAGGUAUGCUGCCUACCGACGUGAUGAAGACAGAGGGCAUGAUGAGCGUCACAAGUUACAUGACAAUGUUGGAGGACCUCGCUCUGAGGUACAAACUCAACGUUGCGAUUGGCAAAGGCUUUGAAAACUUGGAAACGCCGCGCAAGGACCAGGCCAACAUCAAGAAACAUCUCGAUCUCUGGCCGAUCCAGAUGUCGGCAGAAGUUUUGUCAGAUGGGAAGAGUGUCUUGACAACCAACUUCGACACAUAUACUUUGAUUCUCCAACUCGGCUACAUCCUCUACAGCGUGCCGACGUGGCACAAGGUCUACAACAUCCGCGUCAUGGUCUUUGUGGAGUAUGAAAGUGAAGUAGAAGAAGAGAGAGCGCGGGUCAAGGCUUUGCUAGACAAGCUGAGGAUCGAAGCCGAGGUCAUCGUGUUCUGGCUGGCUUCUGGACAGCUCAAUACGUACGAGCUGAUUAUUAAUGGCCAGAGCAACGACCUCGAGUCUCAGGUCAUGGUGCACGAUAUACUCAAAGAUGAAGAGUGGUGGGACGACCUCCAGAGGUUUCGAGGCCGCGAGCCAAACCUGAACUCGACAGAAGAGCUCACGUCUUUCGCGAAUAUCAUCGAGUCAACGGCAGGGCGGCCUGGCGUGUUUAACCCGCAUGUAUCACUGGACGACAUUGAGAGUGGACGGCGACCAAGUUUGGUGCACUUUGGGGAACUGCCCAAGAAGCCGACGGUUUCGAAGCUGUCCCGCCUUGGCGUCAGUGUUGGAAUUCACACGUCUCACUUGGGAGAUGAGGUCUUUGAAGACGACUCUGGCUCCGACGGUGAGAUGAGUGAUCAAGAACAGCAGCCAUCCUGCCUUGAUUCCGAUUCCGAAUUUGAACCUGGCAGCAGCGACUACAGCGAGGACGAGAUGCCCGAAGUAGACGCCCCUAGACGGCCGUUGCUACUUGGGCGAGGGCGAGGACGAAGCCAGAGCGACGACUUGCUCACGAGUCCGUCGAAACAGAAAAGGAGCAAAUCGAACAAGAGCGCUGCACCGGCAGCAUCAUACGGCACGAUGGUGUCACAAGCUCGUUCUGAAGGGCAGGCGGGCCCAAGCCAAGUGGGAAGAGUCGAAAACGUGUCAGCGCCUCCUACUCCGCUGGAACGACCUGUGCUCGAUCGAAACAUUUCUGCUCGUUCCAUGGGUGGAUUCCGGUCGGCGGGCAUCACCACUUACGAUGCGACCUCGGGAAGCGUAUCUGGGAAAGCAACCCCAGCAACAAGACCGACGCUCUCUCGACAAUCAUCAGCAGUGCGGUUCUCAAGUCGUCCAAUGCCAGAGACGAGAACCGAUGUGGAGGGCGCGUCUGGUCCGACAAUCAUGUUUGCAGACACCACUGAGGAAGAGACGCCGCGGGCGGAACAACCCGCAUUCUCAAGGCAAUCCUCUGCAGAACGGCUCUCCAGUCGGCCAGUGCCCGAGAUGACGGUGACGGCGGCUGAAGAGUUUGAGCCGAAUAAUACGUUUGCGGAACCAUCGUGCAGAUCACGCAAAGCUUCGGUCGCGUCUACUGCAGAUCUAGGCGACGUCCAUAUGAACAUGGCGGAGCUUGUGGGACGCUACAGAUUAGACUCAAGACCCGACGCAGACGGGCCCGGCUCGCCUUAUUCGACGCAGGGCAUCUCGCUCUCAUUCAACGAUUUGCCAUCGCGAGCGCAGCAUGUCAUUCUCAACGAGCUGAUGCGGCAGAAUAGCAAAGAGACAGCCGUCAUGUUCACAACAUUGCCCGUGCCCACGGAGGGGACUUGCCAGGAUGAGCUGGCGAGCGUGCAGUAUCUAGCGGACGUUGAAGUCCUCUGCCACGAGCUCCCUCCCGUCAUGUUGGUCCUGAGUAAUAACAUGACUGUCACGGUUGGGCUAUAG